CGGCAUCAAAGCGACUUCUUUGGUUGAAGGCUCAGCUCCUGUAGCGGAGGACGAGAAACGGACCACGACGACGAGCAGCAGGUCUUCUUCACUCAGGCCUCCGGCUGCACGACCGGUAGUUGCGCCACAACUCCCAACGCAGCGGACUACGGGUAGACCACUGUUUUCGCCAUCGACCGACAGGGGAAGGAUUUUGCGUGGGCGAGUGCAGAUGAUCAAGAACCUCUCGGAAUUCUGGGGCUACAUUCGACUUCCAAAUACUAGCAAGCGCCACCGCAUCUUUUUCCACCUCCGCGACGCGCUUGAGAGGCUCCCCCGAAAGAACGACGAGGUCGAGUUUGAGCUGGACUUUGAUGAUUUUGAUGAUCCGGGAGGACGAGAGGUGGACAACAAGGGGGCACAAGGUAAAAUAUUUUCAGAGGACCCACGACCUGCUUCGGUGCCACGAC